UUAAGUCAAACAAAAAAUGCUGAGCUCAAGAAUGAAAUUGUAAAAUUAAAACGAGCUGUUAAGAAUAUUAAAAAGCAAAAUCGAACAAUUAAAGAUUCUUCAACUCACCACGAAAUAGAUCAAUUCAUGUCUAACACUGACUUAGUAACUUCAGACACUUCAGAACAGGAUGCUUCAACGGGAUCUGAAAAGACAAUAAACUUAUCAUUAUGUGAUGCAAAAACCAUGACAAAAUAUCACGAUUUUAACAAUUCUGAUACUACCUCCAAAAUACUUGAAUCAGAUAAUCAAAUCAUAGAAGGUUUAAUACAAGAGAUAACCUAUGAUCAAGUGAAAAAUAUUGUUUCUUCCAAAAUCAAUCCUUUAUAUUCAAAUAAUGAUAAGGAUAUGGCUCUGUAUUCUGCGCAAAGUUUAUUAGACUUAUUUGAUAAAGUAAUUAAAUCAGGUCAAAAACAAAUUUUAAAUUGGUAUUAUUAUUCUUUGGAAUUUGAAAAUAAGGUUAAAAGCCUUAUAGCAGAUG